AUGAGGGACUUGCGAAAGUUCAUGGAGAAGAUUACUGCCGGAGCUUCGGAUGGGGUGGACAGCGCCAAAGGCAGCACCAGGGGGGCAUCCCACUCUUUGACCGCAAAUGAUGCUGAUUUGGAACGAGCUUUGGAGCUCUCUGAGCAGGAGGCUCGAGUGUCUGCCAUGAGCGAAGAAGAGGCCCUCGAAGCUGCCUUGGCCGCUUCGAUGGAGCAGGAACAGCGGCAAGGUGUCAAGCUGAGGUCGGGUACUCCAGAAAGAUACAAGCGCAAGCAUCCCGAGGCUAUUGAGCGGUCGGAGCGUGCGGAUGGGACAAGACGCAAAGUAGAUGAAGCGGUGGAGGAUGCGUCGAGGCCCCUUCGGUUUUCCGACGAUGCCGGUGCUUCGAGACACGACGAUGCGGACGCAAAGGCGGAAUUGAAGCAAGAGAGUGCAGGCUUAGCACCUCUGUUCGGCGGCUCCAAAAGCGCAGUCGAAGUUCCGAUCUUCAGCAUUGGUGGUGCUGAGACCAGCGACUCGGCAAUGACGACGAUCAACAAGCUCAAUGGAAGUCUCGACCUGCUGUACUGCAAGGGCUGGAUCGUGCCAGAAGCGCGCAGAAGGCUUUUCCGAUGGAUGCUGAACGAGCUUGCGUGGCAUCGGGUGAGUGUUGUCGUCCCUUUCAGCUCUUGCUCCAUGCCUGAACAAACCUCGCGCCUCUCAUCUCAUCAUCAGGUCGUGUACACGAGGCCGAAUUCGAACAUCACCAUUCGAACGCCCAGACUUACGACCACAUUUGGAAGAGACGAUACGGGCGCCCCAGACUCGGCGUAUCCCAUCAAGCCUCGUCCAUUUCCAAAACCGCUCGCAGAGCUCAAAGCGCUGCGUAAGUGGAUCGAAGCGUGCGCCGCUGUAGCCGUUUACUCAUCUUGAUAGCCAUGCCCACUGCAAUCCCGGGCUGUCCGCAGUGGAACAUCUCACUGGGACCUACUUCAACACGGUCAUCAUCAACCUCUACCUUGACGGUAGCGAUAGCAUGUGAGGCAGCACGCAAUUCCUGAGAAGAAGACAGGAACGUGGCGCUGAUCGCAAACAUUGCCGCCUUGACGCUCCUGAAGCUCCUAUCACUCCGACGACGAAGCAUUCCUUGGCUCGCUCCCCACGAUAGCCUCCAUCUCUCUUGGUGCCACCCGCGAUUUCUUCAUGCGUGAGUAUCAAACGCAAUCUAAGCUCACGAUGAUCAAUGGGCUAAUCGUUCGCAUCGUUCCGUCACGCAAAACGACAGGACGAAAAGCACCUGCUGGUGUCGAUGUACCCGCCGCCCGUGCUGAUCAGCCUUCCGGUACAAAAGGUGUCGGUCCAGCAGCUAGCAGACCUACAGAAAAGUUUGCCUUGGCAGAUGGUGAUCUCCUCAUCAUGCGCGGACGCAGUCAAGCGGAUUAUGAGCAUGCCAUUCCGAAACGCAAAGAAGCUGGCCCAAGAAUCAAUUUGACCUUCCGACGUGUGACAAACGUCAAGGGAACCAAUAGUGCGUCCAAGACUAAUCGAGUCGCCCGCUACAUGGCUGUGCCAUGCCGUAAUAGCCAAUUUUCGCUGACACGCUUCCACUUUGGCUUUCAUAUCAGAUUUUCAACGCUACAAUCGAGGUGGAGUGGCUGAGUCUCGCUUCAUCAACGGCAAGAUGAUCGAGGCCUCUGGAGGCCUGUAG